AGAUAAUCAACUUGUAGAGAAAGAAAUUCUCUACAAAACUGCACUUACAGAAAAAUUUUACAUGUCUCUUAGCAUUGAUAAAAUUCAAAACGUAAUUCGUCAGUGAGCUGAAAAAACAAAAACUACCUUUUUUUCCUUAUAUUUGAGUUCUAUUCAGGAUCAUGAAACACAUCUGUAGACUCAGUUUUUGAUGCUCUUUCGAAUGGUGUAUUUGAAGUUGAAAAUUGAUGUAGUUAAAAUUUUCAAAACCUACGUUUUCUAAAAACCCAGAGACCUUUUUGUAUCUUUAAAUUUUCGACUUAUUUUCAAGUUCAAUUUUUUAUCAAAAGUACCUCAUCAUGAAGAGGAGAAUUUUCUAUUUUCUAUGGUAUAUUAUAGAAGCAUAUUCGUGUCAUUAGAGAGAAACUGGAACUCAAUACAUGCAGGUGUUCCAAUAAUUUUUUGCUUUGAAAAACACAAGUUUUCCAGAAAUCAUGGUCUCACGCUUCAAGCUUUUGGAUCCUGACCUUGAUAUCUGCAAUGUAGUUAGGCAGAAUAUAGAGCUACAUUCUGGUGAAAUCAGAAUGAAAAUCAGACCUUGCAUUCGCUGACAAACAGUCUGCCUUUAUGAUUAGAUGCAAGUGUUCCAACAAUUUCUUGGUCCACUGUAGAAAAAAUCAGAAUUUAAAAAAAUUUUUGUUUUGAUCUUAUUCAUUGAUUAAUUAGAAUAGUACAUUAUAAUGAAUCAACUUUCAUUUCGACCAUUAAAAGAUUUAGAAAACUGAAUAUGUUUCGUUUUGUUUGUUUCAGUUCAUGGAAGUCGUAUUUCUCGUGAAUCAUGCACUUUAUUUUUGGCUAUUCUUUUAUCACAUGAAAUUACUCAUGCAGUGAAAUGUAUUGCUGAAAAACAAAAAACUACACCAGAAUUAUCAUUUUUUAGAACAUAUUCAAGUCCUGAUGAAUAUGAUGGUGGAAAUGCAUUGGAACAUGAAUUGUUUUGUAGUGAAAUGCAUAUUAAUCGUGAUUGUACACGUACUGAUGUUGAAUUGUUUAUCAUUGGAGCAGAUGGCCUUCGUCGAUUAGGAUUAAAACGUCAACGUAUAAAUGAUAGUAGAAAAACUCAUUAUGAUUAUUCCGAAUCAACUGAUUAUGAAAAUAAGAAGAACGAUGAAGAACUUGUACCUCUACUUCGUUAUCAUACACGAACAAAUGUUUUUAAAGAAACGGAUAAUGUUAAUCCAAAUGAAUAUUAUCAAUCGUUGUUAAAGUACCACUGUGAAAAAGACACUUCGCAAGCCCAAUCUCCAGAUGAUCCACUAUUAUCAUGA